UUGAUGCUCUUCAAUUUUGACAUUUCGGAAAUAAAAAUAAAGAAAAUUCUUAUUACAAUUAUUGAUUUGCAAAGAUAAGUAAAUGAGUAAUUAGUGCGGCAAGGACUGAAUGACAAUUCCGAAUAAUUUACGAAACAAGAUUGCAGAGAUUCUGCUACUAAAUUGUUUAGCGUGUAGUGAAAUGCUGUUUAGAAAUGGCUGCCAAAACAAAAUCCUCCCGGCUUCAGAGCGAAAUAGAAAAAUGUCGUGUUGAAGGUCUUUGGACUAAGGCUUUAGAAUUGAUCAAACAGUUUUCAUCGAAAAACACAGCACUUGAUUACUAUGUGCAUUUUAUCUUGGGAGAAAGUUACUUGGAAGCUUAUGCAAAAGAGCAAAAGGUAUCAGAACAACAUGCUACACCAGGCUCUCCACAAGAGAAGGACAAGUUAGCAGAUGCUGAGAGACAUUUGAAAGUUGUGCUUAAAGAAAAUGGAAAGAUGCACUUAGAAGCUACUCUAUUGCAAGCAAAGGUCCAUUUUUACCAGUGUUCAUACCAAUCGGCCCUGACUAUGUAUGAGCAUGCAAACUUGGAUACAGUAACGGUGUCAGGUUCAUCACCCAGGGUUCUUCAUAUUAUAGCAGAAGCCUAUGCAAUUAAAGGACUUUGUUUGGAAAAGCUGCCCACUAGCACUACAAGUAAAUUUAAGGCUGCAGAAAAAGAGGAUAAAAUCUUGUCGUGUUUCGAGAUGGCCGGAGAUCUUUGUCUGUUGUACCUACAGGAGAAAGAGAAGACUGUACAGUCCUGGGGUCCUGUACCACUGACAGAGCCAGAGGAGAGUAAUGUGGGAGAUAUACUAGAAACUGCCAUACAACAAUCUCCCAUCUAUUAUAUUAAACACGGAGAAUUGGAAAAAGGUGUUAAACGAUUCCGAGAAUUACUCAGUGCGGUGGAAUCACGAUAUACUCAACAUUUGAGACUGACAUUAGCACGCCAAUUAGCAGAAGUUUUACUAAGAGGUGUUUGUGAGAGUUCAUAUGUCUGUCCAGAUCCCGUGUUAACAAACAACAACACUGCAAGACAGACGGGACUUUCUCCAAGGAAAUACACAUCCGACAAAGUAUUUGUGCCAUGUAAUGAAAGUGAGGAAGCCCUAUUGUUGUUACUGAUAGCAGAGGCAGUGGCAUCAAGGGAAGCAAUUCUGAACAGGACUGUUGAGCACAAAGAAGGCAGACUUCAUACAUUCCAAAAUGCAUCCGCAGUAUUUGAUCUUCUUGCCAUAGCAUUAGUGAAGAGGGCACAGUUCCAUAAACUUGCAGAUACAUUAGAACAUGCAAUGAAGUUUUCAUUUGAAGAAUAUCAUAUAUGGCAUCAGUUUGCAAAUUCCCUCAUCUGUGAUAAACAGUAUGAAAGAGCCCUCCAGGUAUUAAAGGAGUGUCAUAGAUUGAGACCUAAACUUGUUAUUCCAGUAUUACAGGCAGCAAAACUAUGUUAUGAACAUCUACAUAAGUAUGACGAAGGUAUCGAGUUUGCAAAGCUUGCCCUUGAAGCAGGUGAUGAACAUCCAGCUGCGUCACGUGUGCACGUGGCUCUAGGUAUUGGUCAUAGUCUGAAAGCUGCAGAGAUGAAAUUGAAAGCUGAUAGACAGGCUCUUCAUAAUAAGGCACUCAGGGCUUUCCAAAAAGCACACAUCUUAGAUCCCAAUGAUUAUCUGUCAUUAUUUCACUUGGCAUUACAAAUGGCAAUUUUACGACAAAUAGAAGAUGCAGUGAGGUAUACAAAGUUAGCAUUAAAACAUUACAGUGAUCAUAUACACUCUCUACAUCUCCUGGUCCUACUAUUGACCGCACAGAAACAGUACCAAGAUGCGAUGGAUCUCAUUCAUGCCGCAUUAGAGGAAUAUCCGGACAAUAUCAGUUUAUUGUUCACAAAGUCCAAGAUAGAAGAGAUAUUAUAUGGUUCCGAGGUUGCAUUGAACACUUGCCAGAAUAUGAUGAAACUAUGGAAGAAGUUGGAUGAAAUGCACAUAGAAGAAACAGACAAACGUAGUAUAAAACAUCUACAGAAAUCUUCCCUGACAACAACAGACAGGUCACAGUUUGACAGAAAAUCUCAGGCCAACCUGCAACUGCAUGAGCUUCAUGACACUAUAUCAGUCCGGGCAGAAUCUCUAGCGGUCUCCCGUGUGGAGGAAACCCUGUCAAUUCUCGCGUCAUCUAGUAUCGGCGAUAGUGGUGGUAGUCAAAGUUUCACAAUGUCAAAGACAUUAAGAUUACAGGCUCAGAUCUGGAUGAACCUCAGUGACCUUUAUCUGUCAUUGGAUAAAGUAGAGGAGGCGGAGUCAUGUGUCCGGGAAACCGCCGCCCUCUUUCCAUUGUCUCACCAGGUGGCCUACAUGAAGGGAAGAAUCUUUGAACAUACGAACAAAUUUAAAGAAGCCAAAGAAUCAUAUGAAAGUGCAAUAUCAUUAAAUCCUUUUCAUACCAAAAGUCUUCAACAUCUGGGCAUGGUGCUGCAUUAUUUAGAUAGUAACAAAUUAGCAGAGAAGGUGCUUCGAGAUGCCGUUAAUGCAGAUCCUACCUCAAAUAAAUCCUGGUAUUGUUUAGGCGUGGUUUUAGAAGCCCUCGGCCAGUCAGAGGCAGCUGUCAAUUGUCAGUUGACGGCCCUUGACCUUGAAAGUUCAAGUCCCAUCGUUCCAUUCCAUGUUAUUCCAAAACUUAUGCAAUGAUCUUUAGAUACCAAAUGUUAGCUACUUUCAGGAUAAAUGUGUUAUCAAUAUUUUAACUAAUGAGCAGUAUUUUUUUAUUGUUUUAAAAAAUCAUGACAAAAUUUGGUUCACUGUUGUAAUAAUUUAUUAUGUUAAGCUUAAAGAUUUCUUAGUUAAUGUUUUUAGUAUGGUCACCAUUUUCCUUACCCAUACUGUGUUACUCUUUUAUAAAAGACUUGUUCAGUUUUGAAUUGAAUUGUCCAGUUUUAGAAUGUUGAUUUUGAUUCUGAAAUGCCAGAAUUUGGGUUACAAUAUCGUGCCUUGAUGGGCAUACCAAGAAUCAGGCUGGCCUAUUGUAAUGCUAGGUUAUUUAAAGCUGCAUACCUCCAGAUGAGCCAAAAUAUUUAAUAGAAAAUCAAUCUUGUGAAAAAUGUUCUAAGAUUAUAAGAAAAGUCAAGUAAAAAAAAGAUUAAUGAUUUACAUGUUAUGUGUCUUUAAUGACUGAUUCUGCAAUAUUUAUCACCAUGUUUCUACUGCAUUAUUAAUGUAGUUAAUUUGCAUAUUUUUGCAUAUUUUGACCUGUUUCUGGUAAUUUACAUAGAUUGAAAGAGCUUUUUGUAAUGUGAAAAUUACUUUCUUUGCUCACUUUACAAUAUUUUACUGAAAAUAAAUUUUCAAAAUUCAAAAAAAAAAAAGCAUGAAUCUGGAGGCAUGCUGCUUAAAGCUUGCAUUACAAAUAUUGAAGGAAGAGAAGUUAGAUGUGUAGUUGUCUCAAUGUAUCUCAGUUUGUCCACACUACAGAAAAAUAGAUACAGAGCCAUCUAAUAAUGCAAACUAAACAAAAAGGGAACAUUUAGGAAAUUUGGAUCAUGGUCGAAAUAUCACAAUUUUUUGAAAUCCCCACCGGGACAUCACAUGCAUGGAAUAAUUGAGUUCAUUCCAUUACAAUGGAAUACAGGGCCAAUGGACCUCUUUCAAACAAAAGGAAAAAUUAAACAAAAGCAAAUUGCCCUUAUUUCGUUUCGCUCUCAUGUCCAUCUUUCUGUCCAAGUUUUGAUCAUUUUAAUUAUACAAAGCGUUUUAAACAAUAAAGAAAAUGACAAAAGGAAUUGCACCUAUCCCAUUUCAGUCACAUGCUCAUCAGUCUCUUUUGGAGUCAGAAAAGCAUUUAAAUUUUAGUGGGAGAUUUUAUAGUAAAAUAUUGCACUGUCAUUUAUUUUUGUUAAUAAUAAAGAAUAGAUUAUUUUGGUGUCACAUUGUAUUUUUUAUGUUAUCAUUCAGUUGCAUUUUUUCACAUAUUGUAUGUAUUGUUUUAAAUCAUUAGCUAGAAUUCACAUGUUGCCAUUAGAUUCAAAGUCUGUAGAUAAAAAGUAAAUAAAGUUGUUUACAUGUAGUUACACAUGCCACUGUUAACAUAGUGCACUGUCUAUCUUAGUUAAACAACAUGUAAGUUUUAAAAUAUUCCCUGUCUUGUGAUAGAUUAGAGUUUGGAGAAAUACUGAUAAAAUACUAUAAGCGAUGUCAUAAGUGAUGUGAUUAGUGCAAGUAGUGUUGUUAGUAGUCGUUGCAUUAGUGAUGUCAUUAUUAGUGAUGUCAUUAUUAGUGAUGUCAUUAUUAGUGAUGUCAUUAUUAGUGAUGUCAUUAUUAGUGAUGUCAUUAUUAGUGAUGUCAUUAUUAGUGAUGUCAUUAUAAGUGAUGUCAUUAGUAAUGUCUGUAGAAUGUCAUUAUAAGUGAUGUCAUUAGUGGUACCAUAAUAAGUGAUAUCAUUAGUGGUGUCAUUAUUGGUGAUACCAUUAUUAGUGAUGUCAUUAUUGAUGAUGCUAUAGUAAUAUCUAGCAGUGAUGCCAUUAUUGGUGAUAUCAUUAGUGGUGUCAUUUGUAAUGUUGAGUAGAGAUAUCAUAAGUGAUGUUAUUAUUAGUGAUAUCAUUAUUAUUGAUGACAUUAUUAGUGAAAUCAUAUGUAAUGAUGUCAUUAUAAGUGAUACCAUUAAUGAUGAUAUGAGUAAAUAUAUGAAAUAUGACACAGAAAAAAUAUAUUUUAGCAAAUCUUCCAUUAAAUUAGCCUUUAUCAUUUGAUAUUUGUAUUUAUUUCUUAGCAUUUUAGUGCAUUUAUACUUAAUGCUCUUAGCAAUCCAGGUGCUUUGUAAUUUUGGACUAUGGCAUAUGUUUUGGUUGAUAUUUCUUUGAAUAAAUCAUUGAAUGUUGAAACAUUCAUGAUCAUAUGAUUAUCUUCAUACAUUCAAACUAUGAAUUACACAAUUCCUAAAUUAACAGUCAUCCUGUUUGAAAUUUGCUGCCAAGUUUUUACAUUGAAAUAUAGGCAGAUAUAAAAGUGCCAAACUUUUAAUUUGGUCCAGGAAAUAGUUAUAGUUGAAGACAGUAUGAAAGUAGAUUUAAAGCUUAUACUUUGUUUAUUACAUGAAAUUCGACAUUUCUGAAUAAAAUUCCACAUUUAUUUAUAUUCCGUACAAAACAACAUGUAUACAUGUAUAUUAUGCUUACAUGAUGUGUGGUUUCUUCUAUGGGGAUUUGUUUUGUUAUUGCUAAGUUACUAUAAAAAGAAUUUUAAAGUAGUUAUAUGUCAAAUGUUAUCCAUUUUAGUUAAUAUUUGAAGCCCUCACUAAGGGAGUAGGGGAGCAUAUGGUUUUGAACUUGUCUGUGCACCCUGUCCGUCCAUAGACAAAACAGUGGAAUAUUUGGACAUGUCCAUGUCCUAAGGAUACUUUUCUAGUUAUGCCCCUCCCCACUUCCCUUUGUGGAGUGGAGAUAGAUUUGUCCACACCCUGGAGACUGACAGAACUGUGGAAUGUGGUGGAAUCUGUGUCCUAUGGACACAUUUUUAAUUUUCUGUUUUUACUCAAUAUGAAAAACAGUUUGAUUAUGUGUUAAUUUAUGCAACAUGUGCAAUCAUUCUUUUACAAAAAAAAAAAUCUUACUUAAAGCAGCAUGCCUCCAGGUUAAUUUGUAAGAAAAUUUUAAAAAUGGAUUUAAUAGUAAAAUAUUGUCAUGUGAACAAAGAAUGUGACUUCCUCAUCGCAGACGGCACUUACAAUUUACAUAAAUGACCUUAAAGAGGUCAAAAUAUGGCAAAAAUAGCCCUUACUGUGUUAGUAACUCAGUAAAUAUGUUGAUAAAUACUACAAAAUAUUGGCACAAUAUUUUUAAAUUAUUAUUUGAAUAUUUACUUUUCUUUAUCUUUGUGCAUUUUUCUCAAGUUUGAUUUUGUUGAAAUAUUUUGACUCAUCUGACAACAUGCAGCUUUAAGAUUUGGAUAUGCCAUUUUAAUGUAUCCUAGUGCACAUACACUA